UUUUAAUAUUUUCGGACCCCUCACAAACACAUCAAAGGGACCUCGUCCCCGCAUCCUCCUGAGGUAAGUCGUAACUCAUGGAUGGUGUUAAAUUAAUGAUAUCUCGGACGUAUACAAUAUAUAUCAGUUUUUGAAGAAAGGAGAAGUGUGAAAAUGUACAAGCAUAGAUAUAACAGACAUUUAUAUGCAAUGAUAGUUUAUCCAUGAUGACUUAUCAUGUACUGUAGUAGUGGUCCUAACUACGGAUCGAGGACUGAGUUUUGCGUAGUUCAUAAGUGUCUCUUGCUUCGUGAUUCUACCCUUUUUUUUAAACUUCAAAUGAAUUUUACAAAAAAAGUAUCGCAGAUAGUGUCGGGACGGAAAAAUAAAAUCAGCAUCUACAUUUAUUUUGAUGAUAAAAAGCAGUUUCACUGCAAAAUGCUGUGUCCAAGUACAUCAGUGCAUGAGCCGUCUAGAAUUACCUUUGUGUCGAUAUGCUUUGCAAAAUUAAGAUUUUAUAUUUCAAGCGUGCACAGUUUUCAAAAAGAUUGAAACUUCAUUCUAUUAUUUAACCAAAAAUUGCAGAGGAGGACCCAUAAUACCAUGGAUUGAACGGGGCAUUAUUUUAUUCAGAAGAACCACGCCGGGGUAACUCGUAACUGUAAUGUUUUAUGUUAACAUCACAUCCCAUCACACGAGUGUCUGUUUUUAUUUCAACAAGAAAAAUAAAAUAGAAAUAAAAGAGGGACACUUCAGAACGAAAGAAAUGUCCACAGAGGGAUGGACUGACUUCGCACCUUUCCUCUGUGAUUUUCAGCAAUGCAUUGGAACGUAUUGUAGAUCUUAUCAGCUUUGGCAACAAUUAUGUGGACAUUUUAGCUGUGGCGUGCACUGGACAGAGAUUAGCCAUCUAUUUAACCGGAGACGUAUCUGUUAAUAUUUCGUGAAAAAUCAAUCUGUGGCCCUGGUAGAGGGUAGCAACAAUGCAUUUCUCACGUGAUUAAAUAUCAUAUAUCUCGUUGUCGUUUACUGUCCUCAGUCUCUGUAAUCAGGCGUGUACAAUCGGCUGACUACAACUGCGCUGUCCCCAUCAUGUUCGCUCUGAGGUGGAUUCCGAACAUGUUUCUAUGGAUUGGGAUAUGUCAAGUUGUCAGAUGUCAAGGUGACCAGCAGUCCAUAGAUUACCUGGCCUCUUUCCUUCAGGUGCGUUAUGACGUCAUUGACAACCUCAUGUACGGGGCUUCGGGGUUUCUCGCUCAAAUUAACUUCACUAACGUGGGACCAAAACCCAUUUCCAAAGGGCACUGGUCUAUUUAUUUGUGCCAUAUCAACAUGAUUGAACCCAACCACCUUCCGAAUCCAAAUGGUUAUAUUCUUGGGAAUUCGAGUUUGAGGGCGUUUCACGUGAACGGGUGUCUCUUCAAGUUGACUCCUACAGAUUCCUUCAAGACUUUGUUCCCGGGUAAAAGCAUAAUGGUGCCUUUUAAAGCAGCAAAUUGGCAGGUAGCGAGGACCGACAUUAUGCCGAACUGGUACGUAGCAAGUUCAAAAUCUGGAAUCUUACCCAAAGUGUUAAAGAGCACUGCUGGGGAGAGUCUGAGUUUUGUGGGGCCCUUCAACACCCCCCAAAAAUGGAAAAGAUACAGCUUUGAUGUAUAUAAUCCCUACACUCCCGAACAAAGAUAUCACAUCAACAGUGAAGUCAGAGAUCUUGGCAGCGCGGGUACAAGUAUCGUACCAUCUCCUGUUGAAAUGGUGGCUGACGAAAGCAAGAUGGUGGAUUUGGGGACGGGGGACUGGGUACUUUUUGCCGACCCUGCGUUCAAGAAUGAAGUGGCGUUUUUGACAGCCAGACUUCACCUUCGCAUCGUCCCAAGACCAGCAUCAAGUAAAUGCAUCGCUUUUACACAAGGCCAAGUACUUAUUAAAGGACGCGUCAGUAAGAGUUCAGAAGCAUAUACGCUACACGUCUUCGAGACCAACCAAACAAUUCGGAUUGUAGCUGCAGGUCCAGCUGGCGCUUUUUAUGGCAUACAUUCUAUACUGAGCCUCCUAACUUCCAACAAUAGUAUACCGAAAGUGGCCAUCAGCGACGAGCCCAGGUAUGAAUUCCGUGGAUUUUCCAUAGAUUUAUCGCGUAAUUUCCAUCCGGUGCAAGAUAUACGCCAGUUACUGGAUCUUCUGGCCAGGUAUAAAAUGAACCGUCUUCAUCUUCAUGUUACUGAUGACGAAGGGUGGAGGCUUCAAAUACCGGGACUGGAUGAACUCACAGCUGUUGGUUCCAAGCGUUGUCACACCCUUGAUGAGAGAACUUGCAUACUCCCCCAGCUUGGUUCCCUGCCCAAUGGUACCGGGUCAGGGAGCGGUCACUACACAGUAAAAGACUACAAGUCGUUGAUUUUGUACGCUAAAGCGAGACACAUCUCCGUGCAUCCGGAGUUCGAUAUGCCAGGGCACGCCCACGCAGCUAUUAAAGCCACACAAGCAAGAUAUUAUAACAAACUGGCCCAAAACGCCUCGGUUGCGGAAGCCUCGAAGUUUCUCUUGUCGGAACUGAAUGACACAUCUCGGUAUCUCUCAGUCCAACACUUCACUGAUGACGCUGUGAACCCGUGUAUCAACUCCACUCUUACCUUCAUCAAGUUCCUUGUAAAAAGUACACUGGAUUUACACGCCCCUUAUCAGCUGCUGAAAUCGUUUCAUUACGGUGGGGAUGAGGUCUCCACAGGAGCGUGGGUGAAUUCUAGCGCGUGUCGCCCUCUGUUGCCAUCUCCGAACCCUACUCCUGAAGAAGUUAAGCGGUUCUUGAAGAAGCUUCUGUUAAAAGCCGUAUCCAAUAUAACAGCGCGUUACGGUAUCUACCUUUACGCCUGGGAGGACGGGCUGAUGUCUGAUACAGACACGCCAUAUCCCAGGUCUAUUUUAUUCAACAAGCAAGUCAUAGCAGACGUUUGGCAAAAUAUUUGGGAAUGGGGCGUAGCCAACCGAGCAUACAAAUUGGCGAAUGCCGGAUACCAGGUGCGUUAUGACGUCAUUGACAACCUCAGGUAUGUAGCAAGUUCAAAAUCUGGAAUCUUACCUAAAGUGUUAAAGAGCACUGCUGGGGAGAGUCUGAGUUUUGUGGGGCCCUUCAACACCCCCCAAAAAUGGAAAAGAUACAGCUUUGAUGUAUAUAAUCCCUACACACCCGAACAAAGAUAUCACAUCAACAGUGAAGUCAGAGAUCUUGGCAGCGCGGGAACAAGUAUCGUACCAUCUCCUGUUGAAAUGGUGGCUGACGAAAGCAAGAUGGUGGAUUUGGGGACGGGGGACUGGGUACUUUUUGCCGACCCUGCGUUCAAGAAUGAAGUGGCGUUUUUGACAGCCAGACUUCACCUUCGCAUCGUCCCAAAACCAGCAUCAAGUAAAUGCAUCGCUCUUACACAAGGCCAAGUACUUCUUAAAGGACGCGUCAGUAAGAGUUCAGAGGCAUAUACGCUACACGUCUUUGAGACCAACCAAACAAUUCGGAUUGUAGCUGCAGGUCCAGCUGGCGCUUUUUAUGGUAUACAGUCUAUACUGAGCCUCCUAACUUCCAACAAUAAAAUACCAAAAGUGGCCAUCAGCGACGAGCCUAGGUAUGGAUUCCGUGGAUUUUCCAUAGAUUUAUCGCGUAAUUUCCAUCCGGUGCAAGAUAUACGCCAAUUACUGGAUCUUCUCGCCAGGUAUAAAAUGAACCGUCUUCAUCUUCAUGUUACUGAUGACGAAGGGUGGAGGCUUCAAAUACCGGGACUAGAUGAGCUCACAGCUGUUGGUUCCAAGCGUUGUCACACCCUUGAUGAGAGAACUUGCAUACUCCCCCAGCUUGGUUCCCUGCCCAAUGGUACCGGGUCAGGGAGCGGUCACUACACAGUAAAAGACUACAAGUCGUUGAUUUUGUACGCUAAAGCGAGACACAUCUCCGUGCAUCCGGAGUUCGAUAUGCCAGGGCACGCCCACGCAGCUAUUAAAGCCACACAAGCAAGAUAUUAUAACAAACUGGCCCAAAACGCCUCCGUUGCGGAAGCCUCGAAGUUUCUCUUGUCGGAACUGAAUGACACAUCCCGGUAUCUCUCAGUCCAACACUUCACUGAUGACGCUGUGAACCCGUGUAUCAACUCCACUCUUACCUUCAUCAAGUUCCUUGUAAAAAGUACACUGGAUUUACACGCCCCUUAUCAGCUGCUGAAAUCGUUUCAUUACGGUGGGGAUGAGGUCUCCACAGGAGCGUGGGUGAAUUCUAGCGCGUGUCGCCCUCUGUUGCCAUCUUCGAACCCUACUCCUGAAGAAGUUAAGCGGUUCUUGAAGAAGCUUCUGUUAAAAGCCGUAUCCAAUAUAACAGCGCGUUACGGUAUCUACCUUUACGCCUGGGAGGACGGGCUGAUGUCUGAUACAGACACGCCAUAUCCCCGGUCUAUUUUAUUCAACAAGCAAGUCAUAGCAGACGUUUGGCAAAAUAUUUGGGAAUGGGGCGUAGCCAACCGAGCAUACAAAUUGGCGAAUGCCGGAUACCAGGUAGUAAUGUCACAAGCAACUCACUUAUACUUUGAUCACCCGCAAGAGCUAGACCCAGAAGAGCGCGGCUUUUACUGGGCCACUCGUUUCACAGACACCAAAAAAGUGUUUGGUUUUCUUCCCGAUAACUUAUACGCCAACGCGGACUUCAAAAGAUCUGGGGAACCAAUCACGGAAAAAGAGCUGUGUAAAACCGGACAGUGUGUUCCUUUACAAAAACCAGAAAACAUCCUAGGAAUGCAAGGCAACAUAUGGAGUGAGACUGUCAGAACCAGCGGUCAUCUUCACGAGAUGUUAUUUCCCCGCGUGGUGGCGCUGGCUGAGAGGGCGUGGCAUAAAGCACGAUGGGAAAGCAUCACAGAUAAGGCUUCGAGGGAUCAAGAAAUGCUGAAAGACUGGGAGCGCUUUGCAAACGUACUUGGUUAUAAGGAAUUGCCGCGCCUUGAGUAUUUUGGAGUAAAACAUUACUUGCCGCUACCUGGAGCGCGUAUCAAGGAUAAAACUCUAGAGGCCAACAUUGCUUUCCCCGGCUAUCAGGUUCAGUAUUCAGAUGAUAAGUCUAAAACGUGGAAGGAUUAUAGUCAGCCAGUUCAGCUGAACAAUAUUGGACCUAUCUAUCUGAGGAGCAGAUCGAAAAAUGGACGCACGAGUCGAUGGAUCAUUCUCAAAAGCUAAACCAUGACGACUGCUGUAUACAAGCAGCGGUCAUAUUGCAGUAGAUGUGUUUUUCACGAUUUCACAUUGUGACUGUGUCAGAAUUUUCCACUCCUGCUGCAACUGAAGGCAUCUGCUUUGAUGGAGACAGUGCCAAGUAUUUCGUUGACACAAACUAGUGAAGAAGAUUAUGUGUUUCAACUAUUUUGUUUUUAAAAAACAUCUUACAAUUGUACGUUUGUUGUGAACAGAUACAACUCUUUUUCAUAUCCUGUUUAAAUAAAUGAUAUUUUUUCCGUUUUCAUUUGUGCUCGAUUAAGUAUCACAAAUAAAAGGAGCUAAA